CGCGUGAACUGAGGCCGUGUCCUCGUGAACGCGGCAGAGGAGCAAUGGCCGCGUUGAAUCGGCGAAAUCCCAAUCUCGACGAUUUUGUCGGAUUAAACUGGAGUUGUUGGAUUGAACGGGUGGACAUUCUACCAUCUGACGCUGGGUCUGAUCCUGAAGACGGCAGCAAAUAUGGGAAGAGCCUAUGUGAGACCAUGGCCCUCAGGAAAGAAGAUAUGCACAUAUACGGCCACUGUCCUGCACAGGAUGAUAUUUAUUUGGUGGUGUGCAGUCACUGUGGCCAGGUGGUGAAGCCAGAAGCCUUUGAGAAGCACUGUGAGCGGCGACAUGGUCCGCUCAUAAAGAUGUGCAGCCAGCAAUCAACCGUGGCUCCUCAGCAGCGACCUCGCCCUGGUCAGCCUCCUUCAAAUGUUUCCCUCCCGAGAGAAAGGCAGAAGGACGGCAGACAUCAUGAGGAUGGUGCUACAUCCACAGCGGCAUCAUCUGUCCACCAGCACAGGCCUAGUAAGGCCCAGAGUUUGCCUUCAGAGGAGAAGUUCCCCCAGGAGAAACCUCCCCUCCCACAACACUCUGCAUCGAUGCCUCAUCCCAGAGUUCCUGCAUGUCACUCAGGACAGACAAAUGAGUCUCACACUCCUCCUUGUGGAACAAGAACCUAUAGCCGAACACAUAAAAACACAGAAAAGAAAGAAUGUGACCUGAAUAAACACAGCACAAUUCUGAAUCCAAAAAGGAAGCCCAGCAGCCGAGGCCUCAUAUGCAAUACUGAUGCCAUCCACCAGCAACAGAAAACACUGGGAACAAAUAAGACAGUGGAGCAGAGAAUAGCCUCCGUGGGUCAAGAUGUGAACCUCCUUGACAAGUUAGAAGACAAAGAGCAACAUUUGGAAGCUUUUGAAGAGAACGUAACUCAGCACACUGGAUACAACUGCCACAUUAUUGGCACGUCCAGAGAUCCAGCUGAAAACCUUCCAGAAGAGGAAGGUGACAGCACUGUGAAAGUGGAAAUACAGCCUCCCUAUCCCUUCAACCAGAGUCUGCUGUCAAGUGAAGAAAGUGAAAAUGAUGAGCAAGAGGAAACCACAGACCUGCCUACCUCACCCUGGCACCCUAAACCUCUCGGGGUGUGCACUUUCGGAUGUCGUACACUGGGUUGCAGCAUCGUCACCUUUGACCGCCGCUUGCAUCACCUCCGGUUUGCCCUCAGUACUAUGUUCGAGCACCAUCUCAACGCACACUUGUGGAAGAAAAUGCCUCAAGCUUCAUCCGGUCUCAGGUCUUGUCAUGUCACUCCACCAACUGUCAGAAAGUCAGCGAGACCUUCCCAGUCCUUUGGCUACCUCAUGUGUGAGUCUACCUCACUGGGGCCUCAACUGGAAACCAAAAACAGUAAGCACAACUCUCAGUCUAUCAAACCACCUUCCACCUCCUCUUCAAGCCUUAAGCAUGGUCGAUGUCGCAACAACAUCAGACGACCCAGCAAAGCUCAGCUGAAGGAGGUAGUUGUUAUGCAAGAUGAAAGUGCCACCAAGCUUCCACUUAACGCUGAGGAGAAAUCCUCCAGAUUCAUCAGGGAUUCCCCUCUUCAUGAGAAGGGACAACAACAAAACCCCUCCUGUCAAGGACCAGCCAGUGGUGCAUUCUCAUGCAGCAAGAAGCCAUGUCCUCCUCUGCCACUUCAGCCUUCAGAGAGACGCCUGUCACUUUUGGAGAAGCGUUCCCCUUCACCUGCAAUAAAGGAACACGCCUCCUGCCGGAGAGUGAGGUCCCGUCCUCAAAAGCGCAAAGGAAGCAACGAGUCUCUGGCUGUCAGCACCUCAUUACCCAGAACCUCCAAGUGUAAGCGCUUGUCUUCUCCAUCUCGCCCCAGCCUCCACACCUAGAAGGGCGAGAAUACUGGGGAUGUGCUUUCUUGGGAUCUGGACAAAGGUUCCAUUUCCUAAAGAGUGAAUAGACUCACUUGCUCUUCCUGCAAUAAGCCGUUUACCAGUCCAGUAGUAUUAUAAUAGUAUUUGUUCAGUUCUUGUCCUUUUAAGCCUGAAAAGUUUUUGAAUGUGUGGAAGUGUAUCAAUCUGUUUGUCCACGUUUAUUUAUGUCUUCACAUUUGAAUGCACAGAUAUCAGGGAGUGUUGGUCUGAAUAUUACUCUAUGUUUCAUUUUGCAGGAUUAUUUUUCAUGGUGACAAUACAGUAUGCCUCAGUUAAUUGUCUGUGUAAGAUGUCGGUCAUCCAGGUCGUAGUAUCUGUCGGGGAUUAGCUAUAAACAACCCCCAAAUUACACUCAAUGCAACCCAAUUCAAUUAAAGCAUGUCUUUUUGCCUAUAGCUAACCCCCGCAGAUAUCUGUUUAAGAGCAUA